AUGGCAGACUCCAUUUAUGAGGAUUAUCCCCCCGCCUUGAACCCCGCACAAAAGGAGUUCCUGGUAAGGACCGUCAAGGACUGGGCCACGCAAAACGGCCUGGUGGUCAGGCCAGCGCCGACUUUUGUCUCAAAGGAAGCCGAUCCUCACGGGGUACUUGCGACAAACGCCCCGGUGACACUUUUCCCCAGCCCUUUUCCGCGGACAUGCUUCGAAGAGGCGAAGGUUCUACAGACCGUGUACAAUAAGCUAUAUGCCGCAAUAACGUGCAGCGAAGAAUGGAUUGGAAAGAUAAUGGAAGAUCUUAUUGACGUGGACGAUUUCAUUUCGAACCUCUGGAAAGUACAUCUCGCAGUCCAGAAAGAAGGCUAUUCUCAGACGCUUUCUCUUGGUCUUUUCCGGUCCGAUUACAUGGCACACUCUCCAGCAAACUCGACAGAUCCCCAGUUGAAACAGGUGGAGUUCAACACAAUCUCUUCGUCUUUCGGUGGGUUGUCGUCCCAGGUGACAUCCCUCCAUUCCGAACUCCUAGAAUCUCCUCCCGGAAGUCCCAUCGCAUACCCGCGACACCCACUGCUGAAACCAAAAGGAGUCCCGGAGAAUACGGCAGUGGAGACAUUGUCUGCAGGUUUGGCAACGGCACAUACUGCAUACGGGCCGUCCAAGUCGCAACCGCAGCUUCCGACAUGUAUCUUAUUCCUGGUCCAAGAAGGCGAAAGAAACAUAUUCGACCAACUAGCUCUGUCCAGGCAACUCGAGAAGGUCCACAAAAUACCUGUUUUCCGUCUACUAAGCUCCGAAAUCCUAGAUCACACCUUAAUUUCCAGCUCCAACCCUUCCCGCCCUCUCAUCUAUAGCUCACCGCACGCCGAAACAACACACUUCGAAGUAACGACCGUCUACCUCCGAUGCUUCUACGCCCCAACCGACUAUAAAUCUGAGCGUGAUUGGGAGGCCCGAACCCAUCUCGAACGCUCUGCAGCAAUCAAGUGCCCAACUGUUCUGAACCAACUAUCUGGAUCCAAAAUCGUCCAACAGGUUCUCGCAACAACCACUGGGCCCGACCACCUCCAAGCCUUUCUCGCUGACACCGACCCAUCUCUCAUUUCAAGGCUCCGCGAAACCUUCGCGCCGCAAUACGACCUAUCCGUCUCCGGCAAGGGCCGAGAACUCGCCCUCAACCCCUCCACGGCAUCAAACCACGUCCUCAAGCCCCAGCGCGAAGGCGGCGGGAACAAUAUCUACAAAACCGCCAUUCCUGACUUCCUUAAAUCAAUCCCUGAAAAUGAAUGGAAGCGUUGGAUUCUCAUGGAGCUGAUCCACCCACCAGCAGCCGCGAAGAACGUAGCUCUACGCAGCGACGGCGAGGUCCUGGGCGGCGGUGUCAUCGGGGAACUAGGUGUCUACGGCACCAUUCUGUGGGAUCAGAACGGGGGUAAAAUCCUGCACAAUGAGCAAGGUGGAUGGUUGAUGCGGACGAAGGCGGAGGGGGUAAACGAGGGUGGUGUGGCAACCGGUUUCUCCAGUCUAGACAGUGUUCUUUUGUUUUAG